AGUAAAAUUCUUCAUUUAAUCAUUUACUUGUUAUUACAAUCAAAAAUCGCUGCCGGCAAAAUUCUCGUCUUUUACUUUAACAUUUUUGUGUUAAUAUAUAAAAAUUCUCUUCCUCUUCAAAAAAUUUUUUUCUUCUUCUUCAUUUGUCUUUUACUAUUACCCCAUCAUCAUCAAUCAUCAGAUGUACAUACAAAUCUUCUUCUCUCUCUUCCUUCCCUUCCUUCUCUUCCUUCCCUUAACUCUUACAUAUUUGACCAAUACGACAUUUUGCCAACAAGGCAAAAAUCACACAUUUUGUCAACGUCUUUGUGACGAAACAUAA